GCCCACAGUUAAAAGAAGUGAGACAGCGAAGAAGGUCCCAGUGUUUAAGUUGCACCGAAAUGAAACUUCGGCUUAUUUCUCCAACUUCCUGCCAAAAGACCCCUCUGUGCCCUUGUGUAUCACUGAUAUUUCCCCUCCCAAGGGUUUUAACCGAAGUUUACAGCGUAACGGGGCACUUAUUUACAUCCUGCUAACUGUUUUGUACACUUUGAGGAUGUGGAAGGAAGGAAGGCAGUUAGCAUUAGCAUGAGUGUUAGCUAGCGGCGUGUUGACAAGCGACAGGAGGAGAACAAAAGAGGCAUUUUGGGUCCGUUUGUCUGAUGAACGGUGACAUGUAUGAGGUGUGACAGAAGCAACACGAUGCCUGUGAUCCUGUUUCUGAUCGACACGUCCGCCUCCAUGACCCAGCGCACACAUCUGGGCACCACUUAUCUGGACGUAGCUAAGGGUGCUGUAGAGACCUUUCUCAAGCUCAGGAGUAGAGAUCCGGCGAGCAGAGGAGACAGAUACAUGCUAGUCUCCUUCGAGGAAGCUCCAGCCGGGAUAAAGGCCGGAUGGAAAGAGAGCCAUGCCGUGUUCAUGACGGAGCUGAGGAUGCUGCAGGCUUUUGGCUUAACGACAUUUGGCCAGUCUUUACGGACCGCUUUCGAUUUGCUCAACCUGAACAGAUUAGUUUCAGGGAUAGAUAACUAUGGACAGGGAAGAAACCCGUUUUUCCUGGAGCCCGCCAUCAUAGUGGCGAUUACGGAUGGGUGCAAACUGACUGGCACUUCAGGAGUGCAGGACGAGCUGCAUUUACCCCUGAUGACCCCGCUGCCGGGUAGCGAGCUGACGAAGGAGCCGUUCCGCUGGGACCAGCGUCUUUUCACUUUAGUGCUCCGCAUUUCAGGCCACGCCCCUUUGGAGCCUGAGCCGGUGGGCGGUGUCCCGGCUGACCCCUCCCCUGUCACACCCAUGUGUGAGGUAACAGGAGGCCGCUCGUAUAGUGUGUUUUCUCAGCGCAUGUUGAACCAGUGUCUGGAGUCUCUGGUGCAGAAAAUCCAGAGUGGAGUGGUAAUAAACUUCGAGAAGACGGGACCCGACCCCACUGAAGACGGUACUUCAGAAGUCAAAUCAGGCCCACAGCCCUGGCACAGCUGCCAUAAGCUCAUUUACGUGCGGCCCAAUCCCAAAACUGGGGUUCCUGUCGGUCACUGGCCCAUUCCUGAGUCCUUCUGGCCUGACCAGAACUCCCCCACUCUGCCUCCACGUAUGGCCCAUCCUCAGGUGCGUUUCUCCUGCAUGGAGGCGGAGCCCAUGGUUGUAGAUAAGGUCCCAUUCGAUAAGUACGAGCUGGAGCCGUCUCCUCUAACACAGUACAUCCUGGAGAGAAAGUCACCACACACCUGCUGGCAGGUUUACGUAAGCAACAGCGCUAAAUACGGCGAGCUCGGCCAGCCGUUCGGCUACCUGAAGGCGAGCACGUCGCUCACCUGCGUCAACAUCUUCAUCAUGCCCUACAACUACCCUGUGGUGCUGCCUCUCCUCGAUGACUUGAUUCGAGUGCAUAAAUUUAAGCCCACGCAGAAAUGGCGUCAGGCCUUCGAGAGCUACCUGAAGACCAUGCCACUGUACUACAUCACUCCCCUGAGGAAGGCUCUGAGGAUGAUGGGAGCGCCGAACCUGUUGGCCGAAAGCAUGGAGUACGGCCUGAGUUACAGCGUUGCCUCGUACCUGAAGAAGCUCAGCCAGCAGACAAAGGUGGAGGCAGAGCGUGUCUGUGCAUCAGUAGGUAAGAAGGCAGGGCCUGAUGUCGGGAUCAAGCUCCGCCCACGCAGCUCCGGUCUCUCGUUAGCUCACAGGAAGGACUUUGCACAGCUGCUGCAAGGCAUCAUGGGAGAUGGGCAACUCGAAAUCAACCCCAAAGAGUUCUCAGGGUUCCAGCUGGCGGUUCUCAGCAAGGCCUUGAAGCCACAGGGUCUGCGGAACCCAUAUGACAUCCCCAGGAUUCAGCUCCUGGACCAGCUGAGCCGCAUGAGGAGGAACCUCCUGAACACCAGCAUGUGUGUGCUGAAGGGCCAAGACCAAGAUCAGCUCCACAGCGUGCCCAUAGCACAAAUGGGCAACUAUCAGGACUUCCUGAAACUUGUCCCUGCCCCCUUGAGGGAGGCAGAUCCAGACCAACCCAAGCGACUGCACACCUUCGGAAACCCCUUCAAACUGGACAAGAAGGCGAUGAUGGUGGAUGAAGCAGACGAGUUUGUGACCGGGACUCAGGGAAAAGGCAAGCGUCCCAUCGAGACCAACACACCUACUGGUGCUCCAAAAAGGAGGAGGUGCAUGUCGCCGUUACUGCGGCUGGGACGUGCAUACACCCCACCCAAUAAGACACCGCCCAGAGUUCCCGAUGCCAAUCACGUGGGCCACCUGGAAACAGAGCAAGUGCCGGAGCUCAACCACGUGGGCCAUCUCGAUUUGGAACAGGUCCCAGAUUCCAACCAUGUAAGCCAUGUAGAAUUGGAACGUGCCCCAGACUCCAAUCACGUGAGCUGCCUCGAUUCGGAGCAGCCUCAGGAACUGCCCCCUUUGCCCCUUAGUCUCCAUGACAAUCACCUGGAGGAGGAUGAGGAGGCUGAUCAGAGGAAUGCAGGAGGCAACCCAGAGGAAGACGAGCUGAAGCAGAUGGGGAGGGAGGAAGGGCGCGAACUGAACACAGAGCUCCGAGUCCUUAUCACCAAGGAGAUCAGGAAGCCGGGUCGGCGUUACGAGAGAAUCUUCUACCUCCUGAAGCAGAUCCAGGGCAGUCUGGAAACGAGACUCGUCUUCCUGCAGAACAUCAUUAAAGAGGCGGCGAGAUUUAAAAAGCGAGUGCUGAUCGAGCAGCUGGAGAACUUCCUGGAAGAGAUCCACUUACGAGCGAACACCAUGAACCAUCUGGACGGCUUCUGAUCACGGACCACACAGAGCACCUUUCGGUGUAAUCACACCUCAGGGCAAAAGGGCAAAUUUAGAAUUUCACCCCCACCCCCAUAUAUGUCCCAUUCCCGUGCUCCUGUUUAAUGCCAAAGAUGAACGGGGCGAUGAACGGAGCGCCUGUUUAUAAAAUUGGAUGAGUUUUUGAAAACUAAAUUUGGUUUCGAUUGUAAAUAAGACAAAAAAGGUCCGUUUAUGAUUUUGGCUCAAAUUCGGACGUCUCACCCGGUCUCCGGGAGUCAGAGCUCAAACAUUCGACAGCAUUAAUACGGUUCCUUUAACAUCAGUUUAGCGGCAUUUAUAUUUUAGAGUCGUCAUUCUCCGCACCACGGAAUGCCAGGAAUGUCUCCGUUUCUUCUCUCAUCUUUUCGGCUCCGUCCUUCGACGUCUUCGUCGUCCGUCUGACGUUCACACCGACACGCUGGGACCAAGUGCUCCGACUAUUUUGGACAAGUUGUACAAAUGUAAAUACUGAAAUCUGAAGUAUUAUUUAAAGAAGGUUUUUCAGAGGGUUUUUUUUUUCUCUUUUUUUUUUGUAUUCGGAUGAAUAAGAUUUCUAUUUUAUACUGCGACUAUUUGAAAUAAAAAAAAUCUGCAAACACA